AUGCAGGAGUCUAGCUUCGCAUUCGAGAGCGCGGAGAGGAGAGUGCAGAUUCAGGAGCUCGACCGAGAGACUCGGCUGCUGAGAGGUGCCAGGCUGGCUGAGGGAGUCAAGCAGGAGGGGUUCGUGAGCAAGCUGCUGAAGAUUGCGGUUCUGCUGCAGGAGGAAGGGUGCUGGGAUGCGAGGCUCGCUGGCGUAUUCCUCGACAUUGCGCUCGUCUGCGAGCUCAGCGGAGACUUCAAGAUGGGGGUCCUGGCCGGUGAGAAGGCACUGCAGAUCAAGAGGGAUAGCCAGGGUAUUGAUUUCCCGGACUUCAAGAGGUACGCCGAGGCUGUGGAGAGAAUCAAGGCGAGUAGGAGGCGCGAGAUGGGGAGUGCCAAUGAUUGGAAGGUCUGA